UGAGGGAGGCAAAUGAAGCUGCUGCCUUGCGGGAGAACAUCCAAAAGUGUUGCGCUACAAAAGAGUGAAUCAAGGGCAAGGAGUGACUUGAAUGCAUCUCACUGAAGGAAUGAGGAGGAGCCUACGUCUUUGAGCUCCUGUACAAUUACAGACUACACCAUCUCCUCUACUUCUUGUUUGCUGCUUGGCUGAUCCGCUUAUCCGUGAGCCAGGAUGAAUGACAUUCAGGAGGCCACCUCUCCUGCCACCAGCCUUGGCGGUCCGGCAACCUGUGUCUCCAAAGUAGAGCUGCGAGUGUCUUGUAAAGCUCUACUGGACCGAGACACUCUCAAUAAGUCCGACCCUUGUGUGAUCCUCAUGGUACAGACCAAUGGACAGUGGACGGAGUUGGACAGGACAGAGGUGAUCAAGAGCAACUUGCACCCGGUCUUCGCCAAGGUUUUCUCAUUGGACUACUACUUUGAAGAAGUACAGAAGCUGCGUUUUGAAGUGUACGACAUCCACGGUACUCACAGCAUCGGGACGCGUGAUGAUGACUUUCUGGGUGGUGUGGAGUGUACGCUUGGCCAGAUUGUGGCCCAAAAGAAGAUGGUGAAGCCUUUACUUCUCAAGUAUGGAAAGUAUGCGGGCAAGUCCACUAUCACGGUGCACGCAGAAGAAAUUUCUGGCAACAAUGGCUACGUAGAGCUUGCAUUCUGUGCCAAGAAACUUGAUGAUAAGGACCUCUUCAGCAAGUCAGACCCCUUCUUGGAAAUAUAUCGUAUCAAUGAUGAUGAAACCGAGCAGCUUGUUCACAGAACGGAGGUGAUUAAGAACAACCUGAAUCCUGUUUGGGAGCCAUUCAAGGUGUCUCUCAUAUCCCUGUGCAGCUGUGAUGAGGAACGGAAGCUGAAGUGCCUCGUGUGGGAUUAUGACUCCAGAGGGAAGCACGACUUCAUUGGCGAGUUCUACGCUACUUUCAGGGAAAUGCAGAAAAUCUCCAGUGGAAAUAAGGUGACGUGGGAUUGUGUGAAUCCCAAGUACAAACAGAAAAAAAGGAAUUAUAAAAACUCAGGAGUAGUCAUCCUAAGUGAUCUCAAGCUCCACAGAGUUUACUCCUUCUUGGAUUACAUCAUGGGAGGAUGCCAGAUUCACUUUACGGUCGCCAUCGACUUCACAGCUUCUAAUGGAGACCCCAGGAACAGCUGUUCUUUGCAUUACAUCAACCCCUACCAGCCCAACGAGUACCUGAAGGCUCUGAUAGCUGUGGGGGAGAUCUGCCAAGACUAUGACAGUGAUAAACGGUUUUCAGCUUUGGGGUUUGGUGCCAGAAUCCCUCCAAAUUAUGAGGUGUCUCAUGACUUUGCCAUCAAUUUCAAUCCAGAAGAUGAUGAAUGCGAAGAGAUCCAAGGAGUCGUUGAGGCAUACCAGAACUGCCUACCUAAAAUCCAGCUGUAUGGCCCCACCAAUGUUUCCCCCAUCAUUAACAGGAUAGCCAAGCUGUCAGCCGGUGAUGGCAACAUUAAAGACGCCUCUCGUUACCACAUCCUGCUUAUCCUCACCGAUGGCGUGGUGACGGAUAUGGCGGACACACGAGAAGCCAUCGUGCGAGCCUCCUAUCAGCCUCUCUCCAUAAUUAUUGUCGGCGUAGGCAAUGCAGAUUUUACAGACAUGCAGAUCUUGGACGGUGAUGACGGUGUCCUACGCUCACCGAAGGGCGAGCCGGUCCUGAGGGAUAUUGUGCAGUUUGUGCCCUUCAGGGACUUCAAGACGGCUUCACCGGCAGCCUUAGCCAAAUGUGUCCUGGCAGAGGUGCCCAAGCAGGUGGUGGAGUACUACAGUCAUAAGGCCAUCCCACCUAUGUGUCCAGUGAGGGACUUGUCCACACCCAUCCUCAGCCCGGUUGCCACCAGCCCAACAGAGUAGCGACACUAAACCCAUUCCCGGGGACCCAGCUGUAACCGCGGCUUCUGUUCUACAAACUGACAUCCAGCUUGGAGGAUGAGUUGAGAGAAAAGUCCUAAACAUCUUCUUAGCCGUCUAUUCCAAUUCUACAAAAAAAGAUUCUGGAAAAUUCAUCAGGAAGUGCUCUGUUCAGUGUGGAUUCAGCACAUCUCCCUGGCUUUACAAAUGAACCAUCCCAGCUGUAUCAGCAUCUGAAGGAUUAUAUAUCUUUGCCUUGACUGUGUGCAUGCCAGCCAAUCUGUCGCCCAUUAAUCACAGACGGAGAGGACUGAUAUUCCUUCACUGACUGGAAAAUUCAGACUCUUAUUUUGUCUCAUUUGUUUUCAUUCCUGCAAGUGUCUGUUUAACGAUGUAUUGCAAAGAGUAACACAGGCAACCGGUCCCUGAUAAAUUCAUCACAAGGGUCUAAAUGAAAGGUGAUACAUUUUCAAUUUGGGGUGUGCUGCAUUGAAUUGUUAUCACAUGGUUGGUGUGCAGGGUUUGACCCCUUUAAGGAUACGUUGUAUUGCUCAAAUCUUUAUCAAGAUGACAUGGGGUGCGGUUUUCCGGUUGCACUGCUUCAUGGCAUCUGGAAAACAGGAUGGUUAGACAAUUUGUUUGUUGUUACUGUUUACACAUGGAUUAUUAGCUAUGAUCCAUAACUGAGCACCAGAGAUAAAUGUUUAUAUGAGCAGAGGAUCACAUUUACGGAGAAAUGUAUUUCAUAGUGUUUCAAACUGUUUACGCUAGAUAUUCUUGAUUGAGGCGGCACGGCGGAGGAGUGGUUGGCGUGCAGACCUCACAGCUAGGAGACCAGGGUUCAAUUCCACCCUCAGCCAUCUCUGUGUGGAGUUUGCAUGUUCUCCCUGUGCAUGCGUGGGUUUUCUCCGGGUACUCCGGUUUCCUCCCACAUUCCAAAAACAUGCUAGGUUAAUUGGCGACUCCAAAUUGUCCAUAGGUAUAAAAGUGAGUGUGAAUGGUUGUUUGUCUAUAUGUGCCCUGUGAUUGGCUGGCGACCAGUCCAGGGUGUACCCCGCCUCUCCCCCGAAGACAGCUGGGAUAGGCUCCAGCAACCCCGCGACCCUCGUGAGGAAAAAGCGGUAGAAAAUGAAUGAAUGAAUGAAUGAAAUUCUUGAUUGAAUGAUUUUCCUCAGUCAACAGACAUUAAGAAGUAAAUAGUGACAGAUGAAUUCGAUAUUUUGGGAAGCUUGACUGGUUUGAUGGCUGAUACACGCCACUGCAGAGGCGACAUAUCAUAAACGUGUCUAUGGAGUGACUGCCUCAACAUCAAGUCAUUUUAUUUGACUGAAGAUGUGGGAAAAAAGUAUCUUUCAAGAAGACAUUGAGGCCAAUUGAAAGUCCUGCCUUGCCUUUCCUAACAUAGAACCACUAUCAUGUCAUCACCAAAAGCAAGGCAGAGCGCUGUUGUUGAAUGCACAGCUUGUCACAUAUCAUGACGUCACUUCCAAGCCACAGAGGAAAUAAGAACAAAAUCGAUUCUUAUUAUUAACCAUUAUUCACCAUUCUUAUGGGUCUCCAGACCUUGAUCGGGAGUGCAGGGAGCUAGCUUCCUCUGCCGCUCCAAGGCCGAGUGGGGUUUGUAAUGUCUUGCCUUCAGGGAUAAUGCAUUUCUUCCCUUUCCUUACUGUCUUGUGUAGUUUUAUGGGUGAGGUCUUUAUUUCAUCAUAUGACAUGCGCCAAGCUGUUCCCUGUACCACUCCAUCACAAACUGGUGCCUAGUCAUGGACGGAAGUCAAGGCAGUUUAUAGGGAGAUUUAAGUGAAACAUGUCACAGAUGUGUCAUUAAGAAACCUGUGAAAAAAAUUAAAUACAUCACCUUUAAAUUGUGUUUUUAGGUGAUAAAACACAAACCAUUUUUAGAGUCGGAAAAACAAUAAUAGCAUCCAGUUUAUGAUAUGUUUUUCAAGCAUCUCCGAUAAGAUGUGACAUCACUUCAUGUUUAGGGGAUAGUUUGGAUUUUUUGACAUGACAUUGUAUGACAUCCCCAUCAGCAGUGUAGUCCAUCAAUAGUUACUUACCUCAUACUUGGUCUCGUGAAUGCAGUUUUACUCAAAUUUUGGUGAUGAGAAAUGUUCCUGUAAAGAGUUUGGCUUUUUUAAACAAUAUGCUUUAGAAAGGGGAAUACAUUUGCCUCCUCGAAAAAAAUCCGACCUCUCAAAUUGCUUGGUUUUACUUUCGCUGCCAUCUUGUUUACAUAUGUGUUCCAUUGCGGAUGAAGAUGUGUGGGUCGCAGCUAUUUUCAUUACAUACAGUACAAUGGACAGCCGAUAGCAUGAAUUAAUAUCAGCAAAAAUAAAGCUGAGUGAUUUGUAUGAGGUCCGAUUUUGUUUUUGUCAGUUAAAUGUAUUACUCUUUCAAACAUAUUUUUUGAAACUUUUUGUAACUUGGGUUACCCGUUUCUCCUCACCAAAAUCCAACGGGGUAAGUAACCGUUGAUGGACUACACUGCUGAUGGAGAUGUCAUACAACUUCAUGUCAAAAAAAUAAAAACUAUCCCUUUAAGUUAAUCCUUUGGAACUGUCCAAAAUUGUUCCCCCGUAACGGCUGCCAUGAAUGUCUUUAUUUUUCAGCAACUUUCUAUAAUGUUUCACAGAUUAGAUUAAUUGACAGCACACAGCCGUGCUGCAGCACAAACACAAUUGGAGCUUCCAUCUUAAUUUGUUGUAAUGUAUUAUUCAAAUGGUAAUCCUAUACUGUAAGAAAGACAACUAAAAAUUGGAGUACAUUGUCAAAUAUUAUAUCUUAGUAUUUUGCACGACAUUCACUCAGACCUUGACAGCAUAUACUACCAAGCAGCACCUCUGGGAUUGAACCAGAAACUCUGAUUACAAUAUGACAUGUAUACCUCUUCAAGCGUGACGCACAAAAAUUCUAAUGUACUUGAAUCAUCCAAACUUUUUCAGUGUUAAUAAGACUGAUCUUGUGAAAUGAACUAAUUUUCCAUCCAAAUUGAAAUUCUGUUUGCAGUGAAAUAAGAAGCUGACCCUCUGUUAAUGCUAUUUUUUUUUUUUAUUUGCCAUUCCACUAUUGAGCAUUCUGGUUUUAAAUUGAAGUCUAACAACAUACUAUCAUGAAGAUAUAAUAUUUCAUUGAAAAAGCAAAGCACAUAUUUGUGUAAAACUGACUUAUUUGUGGGUGGAGAUUUUUUGGCAGCCAUUUGUCAUGCAACGGAUAUGUAUUUGUAGUGGGCAUUGUGUAUAUAAUACAGUAUGUUCCACAUACACAUAACUUAAUUAUAAAUAAUCAUAAUGUAUUAUGUUUAUGUAUCAUCAAUAAUAAAUAUUUUGAUUAAUUAAUAACAAUAUAAAUAGUAUUAAUAUGUAUUUUAAAGUAAACUUUGGAAAUGUACAAUAUAUUGGUCUUGGGUUGUUGAAGCACAACAUGUUUUGGUGGAAAAUAGCUCCGUUCCGAAGUACGAUAGUACUUAACUUUUGGUAUGAUUUCCCAAUAUAUUCUGAAGAAACAGUUUGCCAGCGGUGGCUGCACACACAGACACACACACACACAAACACACAAACAAAUGAAGCCUAACGUUGUGUGGUCUGGCUGGAUAGCUUAUAUUUAUUUUAUUCACAAAGUGUUCUGGUAAUUGCUUUCCAUACCUGCUGGGCGCUUGCACUUUUUCUUUUGUUUAUACGGUGCAUGUUUGCUUAAAAAGUCAACUUGGCCGGAAACCAAGCUACCACUGUAUUUACAGCAAUUGCUCUCAAACACACACAUCUUGGAGGCACAAAUAUUACCACGACUUUGAUUUGUCCUCUGGCUAGCUCCCCCAGCUCUCCCACUAUUGACUGAUGGAUGCGCGUCACACACACACACACACACACACACACACAACCAUGCAGCAUGGUUGGAAUGUCUGAACUGCUUUGAACAAGCAAAGUGGUAGAGGAAAGGACUGUCACUGUGGAUCACACAGCGAGGACUAUUGAUCCAGUGGACCAAGAUAUGGACUUGUACCAAUGUAAAUGAUCCUGGAGGGAGUUUGGACCUUGUAACACACAAAAAAAAACACCUUCAUGUAACUGCAACGGGAUGCAAAAAAAAAAAUGGAAAGAAAACAGCACAGCUGGAGUACACAGCAAUCACAAUUUAGGGAAAGAGCUUGUCUUGUGUGCAUCAUGAAUAAUCAUCUCAGCAUGUCAGCUGCCCUUGUGCAAAAACUGUCAUUCAUUUCCACAGUGUGUCACUUCCAAAUGAUAGCUAUAAUCGCAGAGAGAUGAAGACUAUUUUAAAGCAUUUUAUCUCAAAAAGCAGCUUGUGCUUUCCCAUAAACACAUAGAGUCGACUCAAUGGCGAUGAAUUGCAAACAUUCACAAAUAUUCUGUAUCUUUUGUGACUAAAUCAGUUGAGUACAGUGAAAUCAAAGACAAUCCUGUUCAACCAGGAUACUGUUCAACCUCUGAUUUGGUCAGACUUGGAAACAUUUUUUGUCAGUAGGAAAUGAUGAAUAAUAAAAAUGUCAGAUAAUGUGAAUAAUCAAUAAUGGGAUGAUCAAUGUUUUUGCAGAUAACAAUGUCUGUGUGUGAGUAAAUGCACGGUACGCUACAGAGCAACAAGCUCAGUAUGUCUGCAGUCUGGAAUUAUUUCCAAGUUUCACCUUUAGAUUGAAAAUAUGCAAUUUUCAAUGACUAUAAAAUUGAAUCACUCAGAGUCACACAGUUUCAUCAAAAUGCUCCUCAGUGGCAAAGCUCCAGGGGUGGACGAGUUUCGCCCUGAAUUUCUCAAGGCUCUGGAUGUUGAGAGACUGUCUUGGCUGACACGUCUCUUCAACAUUGCACGGAAGUCGGAAACAGAACUUUUGGAUUGGCAGACCGGGGUGGUGGUCCCCCUCUUUCAACUACAAGGGGAUCACACUCCUUGACCUCCCUGGAAAACUCUUUUCCAGGGUGCUGGAGAGAAGUGUACGACCAUUGGUCGAACCUAUGCUCCAAGAGGUUCAAUGCGGUUUUUGUCCCGGAACACUGGACCAGCUCUAUAACCUCGCGAGGGUGUAGGAGGAUGCAUGGGAGUUUGCCCAAUCGGUCUACAUCCAUGCGCUUUGUGGACUUGGAAAAGGCAUUCGCCCGUGUCCCUCAUGGCAAUCUUUAGGGGGUGCUCCGGGAGUAAGGGAUUGCUGGUGAGCUACUAUGUGCCAUUCGGUUCUUGUACAAACGGGGCAGGAGCUUGGUUCACAUUGCCAGCAGUAAGUCAAGCCUGUUUCUGGUAAACGUUGGCCUCCGCCAAGGCUGCCCUUUGUCACAGAUUCUGUUCACAAUUAUCAUGGACAGAAUUUGUAGGUGCAGCCAAAGCCUUCGAGGGACUCUGGUUCAGGGGCCUUAGGAUCUCAUCUCUGCUAUUUGCGGACAAUGUGGUCCUGAUGGCCUCUUCGGGCUGUGACCUUCAGCGUUUACUAGGGUGGUUUGCAUCUGAGUGUGAAGCUUCUGGGAUGAGACUCAGCACCUCCAAAUCCGGGGGCAUGGUUCUCAGUCGGAAAAGGGUGGAGUGGUCCCUUCGGGUUUUGAAUGAGAUCCUGCCCCAGGUGGAGGAGUUUAAGUAUCUUGGGGUCUUGUUCACGACUGAAGGAAGGGGGGUGAGGUUGACAGAUGGAUUGGCGCGGCGCCUGCAGUAAUGUGGUCGCUGGACUGGACUAUCGUGGUGAAAAGAGAGCUAAGCCGGAAGGCAAAACGCUCAAUUUACCGGUCGAUCUACGUAUGUUGCGACCCUCACCUUUGGUCAUGAGCUCUGGGUCAUGACCAAAAGAACGAGAUAACGGAUCCAAGCGGCUGAAAUUAGUUUCCUCUGUCGGGUAGCAGGACUCAACUCAGUCAUCCGGGAGGGGCUCAGAGUAGAGGAGCCAGUUGAGGUGGCUUGGCCAUCUAGUCCAGAUACCUCCCAGACACCACCCUGGUGAGGUGUUCUGGGAUUGUCUCACAGCUGGCCUGGGAAUGUCUUGGUGUCCUCCCGGUGAAGCUGGAGAUGACUGGAGAUGACCGGGGACCAGGAAGUCUGGUCUUCUGUACUGAGUUCUUCAUUUCUAAACACCCCUUUGAUGUGGCUCUGAAUACACACAAAAAACCCAAAGAAGAAUCCAAAAGCACAGAGGUACUUCUUUGAUGCUUGCUGAACUGCUCUUGUGAGUUACAGUGAACUGCAAAAUAUUACAGCACAUUAUAUUUGAUAUUCCAUUCUGUCAGAAUUGUAUUUGAAUACAAUUUUGUCAUUUCAAACAUCAAUACAAAAACCUGCACUGUGGGUAUUGUAUGAAAUAUAACUUAUAUUUAAUGUUACAUGGAUAUUUGUGUUACACAAGAUGCUCUGGACUUUAUUGCCUCACCAGAAUGGUCCUAAUUUUAGAUUUCUGGAUGCAUUCUCUGGCUUACUUAUUAUCAAAAGUGGCAAUUUAAAGCCUUAAACUAUGAAGUUGUGUGUCAUUUUGUGCCACAGUAGAGCAAAGAAGGGUAAGGUGAAACAGAGACAGAGGCAAUAAAACGGCAUUGCACAACUGUGGAUUAAAAGAAAGCUGGAGUGAUUCCGAUGAGCUGCUUAGUUGCUCUUAUCUAGCCCUCCAUACGUGUUAGAGUAAAUGAGCAAGUCAUAGGUUCUUAACCAUUUGGAAGCAUUUCUCAUUAUGACCUUUCAUUCUCCUCCACCCCCACCUACUAUUACUCAGAACAAGGUUUACAGCCCAUUGCAGUAAUAUGCUACAUUCCAUGUGUCUAAGAAGGGACUCAUGUAUUAUUAGUGAAAACAUCUUUUCUUAAGAAAAAUGGUAAAAAGGGACUUAGUGCAUGCUUGCUUGAUUUGUUGACCUGUGCUCUGUUGUCUCUUCUUUUGACAAGAUGAAACGUGUGUGUGAUUGGCAAAGCCUGCAUUUACACAAAUGAUGUUAUUGUAGUUCCUUUAUCUUGCAGUUAUGUAAAUAAACUUGACACUUUGGAAAGAACUGCGACUCAUCAUAUGGACUACUAAUUCAUAUCCAGUGGCGGGUGGCUCAUUUUGUACCAGGGCCUUCAUUCGGACUUAUAGGGGACCUAUUAUGCUAAUUCUUCCACCC